AUGCGUCAGAAGAGCAUGACGCUCGAUGCCUACACAUUUCAGUUCAUGUUCAAGUCCUGCAGCCUUGCAGGCUCAACCUUGGAAGGGAAAAUGGUGCAUGCUCUGCUUGUCAAGCAUUUUCUUGAUUGCGACAUGUUUGUAGUGAAUUCUUUGGUGUAUAUGUAUGUACAACUUGACUGCAUUGACGAUGCCGUGAUAGUGUUUAGAUCGAUCGACAUGAAAGAUGUUGUAUCCUGGACGACGAUAAUCGGUUUGAUAGCCGACCAUGCUAAAGAUGGGAGCGCUUCAAAGGCCGUUGGGGUGUUCAAAGAGUUGAUGUUUGAGAAUGUCGAACCAGAUACCAUUGCAAUGGUUGCAGUCCUAUCGGCAUGCACACACUUGCAGGAUCUAAAAUUGGGCAAAUGGCUUCAUCAGAUUGUCAUCGACAAGAGAAUUGGUGUGAGCAGCAAUCUUGCUAUUGCACUAAUCAAUAUGUAUGCAAAAGGUGGAAGCAUCAAGUCCGCUCGUUAG